AUGGCUUCCACGGAUCUCCCCGCAACAGCGGACUAUAUCAUCGUCGGUGGGGGCACCGCCGGCCUGGUCGUCGCCGCUCGUCUCUCCGAGGAUCUUGAUGUCAAAGUCCUCGUCCUCGAGAGCGGGCCCGACUGCAGCAAAGACCCCAGGGUACAGGAUCCUGGUGCCUGGCAGGCUUUGGGCGGAUCAGAGCUUGACUGGCAAGUGAAAAUCGCGCCACAGUUCAAUCUGGAUAGUCGUGAGCUCGAUCACUCAGCUGGAAAAGUUCUGGGGGGAUCCUCUGCCAUCAAUGGAAUGGCCUUUGUCGCGCCAUCGCCCGCUGGUAUCGACGCCUGGGCUAAGCUGGGUAAUCCAGACUGGACUUGGAAAUCCCUGCUACCCUACUUGCAAAAGAGCUACACCCUGACAGCGCCAGAGUCACAUCCGACUUUGAAAGAAACCCAGCGCGUUCCAUCGACUGGUCCAGUACAACUGACCUUCCCUGCCCUUGAUGACGCUGGUAGCAAGACUCUACUGCAUGCGUGGAACGAGGCGUUCGCGGCUCAGGGACAUGAAUUCAAUCCUGAUAUUCUCGCAGAAGAACAGUCUCUCGGACCUCGUCCUUACACCGCUACCAUCGACCCUGUGUCAGGUCUGCGUAGUGGUGCUGAUCGUGGGUAUGGGGGUAUGGCAUUUGAGCGCUCGAACGUGAGCCUCAUAACAGAUGCCACCGUUUGUCAGAUCCUGUUCGACUCGAAUGGGCCAAAGGUAACGGCCAUCGGUGUUGAGUACAACCACAACGGGCAAGUCGCCACGGCCAAAGCAUCGAAGGAAGUUAUUCUCGCAGCCGGCGCAUUCCAAACACCCAAGCUGCUCGAGAUAUCUGGAAUUGGUCAGAAAGAACGACUGGGGAACCUCGGGAUCCCCGUUAUCCUUGAUCAGCCUGGGGUAGGCGAGAAUUUUCAGAAUCAUCUGAUGGGUCCGAUCAUCGCUCCCCUGAAGGAACAUUCGGAUUUGAAGAACAUGAACCCCGGACUCAAGAGCUAUGCAAUGACCAGACUUGACUCCGAGGAGCAGAACGCGCUUCUAUCCAACUACGCCGGUGAGUUUGGCAACCUCUCCGAUCAGGUAGCUCGCUCGAUUAUCGAUACUGCCACUGAAGCUUCAGCUUGCAUCUUUCUGGGUGCUAUUAAUCCAAGUCUGGCUGUUAUGGUGCCAAUCCUAAGCUUUCCAUUGUCUCGCGGGAGUUGCCAUAUCUCCACUGCCGACCCUGACGCACUGCCUUCUGUGGACGCGGGAUUGGCCAACAAAGAUUUCGAUCUUGAGAUAUUGGCCCGACACGUGCGCAACUGCUACAAGCUAAUUAACUCGGAUGCCCUGAGCUCUUACUUCCAAGAGAGCACGGCUGACUUGGAUAUCGAUUCUAUCAAGAAGGGUCUGCGAAUGACAGCGUCGGGGGCACACCAUGCAUGCGGAACGGCCGCUAUGCUUCCCAAGGAUGCAGGAGGUGUGGUCGAUCAACAGUUGAAGGUCUACGGUACGGAGAAUUUGCGCGUCGUUGAUGCGAGUGUGUUCCCGUUGAUUCCUCAUGCCAAUCCUCUGGCGACGGUUUACGCCGUUGCCGAGCGUGCCGCUGAUUUGAUUCGCGGUGCUGCUGCUUAG